CUAUAACCCUAACAACUGUUAUUUCAAUAACCUUUCUUUGUUCAACUAAACUUCUUUGGUCAAACUGCAAUGCAUCAUAGGGUAUGUACUAGAAAAAAACCUUUUGUUUCAUAACAAUUUGAUAAAAUUAUUCAACGUUUGACACCUAUAAAAUUAUUCAUCGAUUAACAAUAAUCAAUAUUGGAAUUCGGUUGGUAUUAAAAUUUCUCAAAUGUCAGGAUUAUGUCUUUCUAGCGUUUUUAGUAUAUUACACGAAGAUCACCAGUGGUAUUUAAAGCCAUUCGACGAGACGAUCAACUGCGUAUCGGAUGAAAUCAACUCGGAAUGCAAAAGCCUAGUUAAAUCGAUAAAUUCAAUAUGCGAGCUGUGCACUCCCGUCCCCGGAAUUCUAGUAAGAAAAUUCAGCGACCAAAAGGCCGCGAGUAUCAUAAAAACCUUCAUACAAAGCGUCAGAGAUAGAAGAGUGUUCCGCAGGGUGACCAAUUACUUGAAAGAAACGCAGAAAAGGAGCCCCAGAAAAGUGCUAGCAUUGGCCAAUAUGAAGCACGCCAGGAUGUUCGAGGCUAAUCAUUUCAAGUUGAUUUUUCGCUUGGACGGUACGCGUUUUCCGCCGUCGAUCGUGUACAAAUUGAUCCCUUCGAUUGAACUGAGCAUCAUCAAUUUGUGCAGGCUCACGUGGGUCGUGGAAAGUAAAAGCAAAUACGAGGUAUGGCACCAACUCAAAUAUUUCAAAUGUUCCGCUUGUAAAACUACUAUUAAAAAUUUGCCGAUGAACGUCAAGAAGAGGAAGAAGAAAGUUAAAACUAAAGUUAUGUUAAAUUCGGAAUUUUCCAUUUAAUAUUUCGCUGUUUUUGGUAGAUCAAUUAAGCAAACAAUUGUUACUUUUCGAUAAAAAAAAAUUGUAAAAAGAACCAAAAUAAAUGUACUAUUUUAAAUCUCAAAAAGUACAUAUUUGCUAUUUGUAUUCCAAAGUAUAUACAGGGUGUCCA